ACCGUAUCACUCACUCGCAAUUUCUUCUGGAACGAGUUCGCUCUGUAAAAUUCUUCGCUUCGUUCUCCUUCGAACUUCCUCCCUCUGUUUCUACGAUCAAUCGGAGAGAUGGCGACUCCCAUGGUAGAAGAUACUGAAGAAGACCAGCUCGCCUCCACGCCCACCGACGACAUUCUCAGGGCUUCUCGUCUUCUCGAUACUCAGAUUCGCGCCCUUAAGGAAGAGUUGCAGAGGACGAAUCUUGAGCUUGAGUCAUACAAGGAGAAGAUAAAGGAGAAUCAGGAGAAGAUUAAGCUCAACAAGCAGUUGCCUUACUUGGUGGGCAACAUUGUUGAGAUUCUGGAGAUGAAUCCUGAGGAUGAAGCUGAGGAAGAUGGUGCAAAUAUUGAUCUUGACUCACAGAGGAAGGGUAAAUGUGUUGUACUGAAAACGUCCACUCGUCAGACAAUCUUUUUGCCUGUGGUUGGUUUGGUUGAUCCUGAUAAGUUGAAGCCUGGUGAUUUGGUUGGGGUCAAUAAGGACAGCUACUUGAUAUUGGAUACCCUGCCAUCAGAGUAUGAUUCUCGUGUGAAGGCAAUGGAGGUGGAUGAGAAACCAACUGAGGACUACAAUGACAUAGGAGGGCUGGAGAAGCAGAUCCAAGAGCUAGUUGAGGCCAUUGUCUUGCCCAUGACGCAUCAAGAGAGGUUUCAGAAGUUAGGAAUUCGUCCACCUAAAGGGGUACUUCUAUAUGGACCUCCUGGCACUGGAAAAACAUUGAUGGCCCGUGCAUGUGCAGCUCAAACAAAUGCUACCUUUCUGAAGCUUGCAGGACCACAGCUAGUGCAAAUGUUUAUUGGAGAUGGAGCAAAACUUGUUCGUGAUGCCUUUCAGCUUGCCAAGGAAAAAUCUCCCUGCAUUAUUUUUAUAGAUGAAAUUGAUGCAAUUGGCACAAAACGUUUUGAUAGUGAAGUAAGUGGAGAUAGAGAGGUGCAGCGUACAAUGUUGGAGUUGCUAAAUCAGCUUGAUGGUUUUAGCAGUGAUGAACGUAUUAAGGUGAUAGCGGCAACUAACCGUGCUGAUAUCCUGGACCCUGCCCUCAUGCGAUCUGGUCGAUUAGAUCGUAAAAUUGAGUUUCCACAUCCCACUGAAGAAGCAAGGGCUCGAAUCUUGCAGAUCCACUCAAGGAAGAUGAAUGUGCACCCCGAUGUCAAUUUUGAAGAACUGGCUCGAUCAACAGAUGAUUUUAAUGGAGCACAACUCAAAGCUGUUUGUGUGGAGGCAGGCAUGCUAGCUCUGCGCCGAGAUGCAACUGAGGUGAACCACGAGGAUUUCAAUGAAGGUAUCAUUCAGGUUCAGGCCAAGAAGAAAGCAAGUUUGAAUUACUAUGCGUAGACUAGAGUAUUGUUGUAAGAGGAUGCCAAUUUUCUGUUUGUGAACUAGAAUUAGUUUCCUGUAACCUUACCAAAACUUGAAUGAAUUUACUUUUUGUUUGCUGUUGCAAGCAUCUACACUGUGGCAAGCUGUCUCCAUUAAGACCAAUCAGUAACUUUAUUUUCCUUAAACAUGAAAACUACAAUAAGUGUUUUAAAGGGCA